CGCUAUCACCCCACCACACUCUGCCGCAUCACACUACCACCAGUGAACAUCCCAUCGUCCGCCUAAUGUCGUUCUCUGACCUGGUGGGAGGCACCGCUUGUGGGCCUUCCAAUCCACUGCAGAACCUUGGCAAGCGCUUUGGGCAGGAUCGCAGUACGCAAUUUGAUCGGUAUGGCAGUGGCAGCGCAGCCGGUCCUUCCUCUUCCUCGGCCUUUCGAUCUUCUCAGCAUGCCCAUAAUGGUGGUCCGGCUGCCCAACAGGAGGGAUUCCAGCCCAUGUCUGGUCCUCAGGGCCAACCCCUGGAUCUCGCUCCGCUACAAGGCGCUCUGCCCUCGAUGAACGGGCAUCUCAUGAGCCCUCCAGGAGCCCACACCUCUGUCCGCCACUCAGAUUUCGAGGCAAGCUUCCAGGCUCCACAACAUCCCCAGCAGCGCUUUGCUGGGCCCGCUGCUAUCAACAAUGGUUGGUCCAACGACUUUCUGACUGCCCCCUCCACGGCUCCUCAGUCGCAUGCUCAGGCAAUAUCGUCGAGCAGACUGGACAAUUCACGACAGGCUUUGACUCCCAACUACACUACUCGGCCCAACCAGGGCUACCAGCCCCGCUUCGGCCCCGCUCAGGCCAUGUAUCGCCCAUCCCCAAUGGAGGGCAUUCAGCAGGGGCACGUCCAGCAGGCAGAAGUCCGUACAUUGCCAGCGACCGUGACAGAUGACAAAGUCUGGAGCGAAGCCUUCACAGCUUACGACUCCGAGGGACAAGUGGUGCAGCCUCAACCUCAGCAGCUGCCUCCAGAGGCACAGCAGAUCCGUCCCGAGACGACUCCUUUUGAGGCUGAUGAGCUGGCCAAGACGGCUGGCAAGCUAGUAUCUUCCGUGGAGCACGACAAGACGGACAAGUUUCAGAACAGCGCUUUCCUCACUCUGAUGAAGAAAUUGAGGGAUCGCGAAGCGGGGAUCCAGGGCACAGACAUUGUCGAUAAUGUCCAAGGAUCGCGGGCGGGAGUAGGAGCGGAUGUCAAGGGCAAAGGAAAGGCAGUAGAGAGUACGAGCUCCAUCAAUGACCAGUCCCUACGAGAAAAGGCUGCAGCCUACCUGCGCUCGAGGGGCGCAACCAAUGGGGAUCUACAGAUGCCAGCUGGCAUGCAGGAGUCUUACGGCCAGGAUCGAAGCUGGCUCAACGACAUGUGGGCAGAGGAGGAUGCUCGCAGUGAGGCCAUCGAAGAAAAGGCUCGUCAGCAAGCGGCCCGUAAUGCCUUUGUUGGCGAUGGAGGCGAUACGGCCGCCAGGAUGAGGGAGGAUGAUGCUGAAGCGCGCGAAUUUGCAAAGUACCAAAAUCUCAAUGCUGGCGUCUUCGGCGCUCAGUCCCGACUGAAGCCAGGAUGGGAAGAGGACAUCGACGAAGCCAGCAGGGAAGACUUUGUCGGUCGGAGGUGGGAGGGCACGAAAGGACGAGGAGUACGUGGAGCUCAAGCCGCCGAGUGGGACAAGCUGCAAGCAGAUUGGGAUGCCUUCGAGGCUGGGCCCAGCGGACUAAGAUCGUCGUUGUCCUCGGCUUUCACGACUGCCAAUGUACCGCGGUAUCAAUUUCAGCAAGACAACCCUUACCUGCAGACGACUCGGACUCACGCGAUGCACUCUGUGGAUGUAUCUGCCGACAUCCGCUCCAUCCUCGAGAGCGAAGCAGCCGUACAGCAAGACCCUACGGACUCGGAAGCCUGGUACAACUUAGGCGUCAAGCAGCAGGAGAAUGAGCGUGAGACUUCGGCCAUUGCCGCUCUGCAUCGUGCUCUCCAGAUCAACCCACUCAUGAAGGAAGCCUGGCUAGCCCUUGCCGUCAGCUACACAAACGAGAAUGACAAGGCUGCCCUGUACGAGAGUAUCGAAAAGUGGAUUCUGGCAAGCCAGCAGUACAGCGAUGUCGUAUCUGCCCAUCGAGCCAGUCUGCGUGAGCAAUCACCACAGAAUGGUCGUGCUCGAUCUGCCACAAUCGAUAGUGGCUCCAGCACCAGUAGUAACUUCAAUCGCUUCGGUGAGCAGCACGAGCGAAUUGUUUCUACCCUCUUGGCUAUGGCUCGUCACGGCUCCGGCACUUCUCAAAUCGAUGCAGACGUUCAAGUCGCUCUAGGCGUCCUUUUUAAUGCCACGGACGAUUUUGCUAAAGCAGUAGACUGCUUCGGUGCUGCCAUUUCUUCCCGUCCGGAUGAUUGGCUACUCUACAAUCGUCUCGGUGCAGUACUAAGCAAUAGUGGUCGAUCCGAAGAAGCACUCCAUUACUAUCGAUAUGCCCUUGAGCUCAAACCAGAUUUCGCACGUUGCCAUUUCAAUUUGGCCAUUAGUUGUUUAAACUUGAAGAUGCAUGAAGAAGCAGCUUCCCAUUGCUUUACUGCACUCACCUUGCAACAGGUCGAUCAAAGACAACAGCAGCGCUACCUUGGUAAUAGCGGUGGCGGUGGCGUCGAACCCAAGGAUGGCAACGGUGCCGGUACCAGCGGCACGAGUGGGGAGAACAGCCACAGUCUCUGGGAGACGCUACGCAUAAGUCUUGACCUUGGAGGUCGACACGAGCUUGCUGAACGCACAAGAAGCAGGAAUCUAGACUUGUUCGACCCGGCAGACUUUGCUGGACCUGAUGGGGGUGCUGCUGGUGGAGGAGGUAUGGGCAUGGAGGAGGACGAGUAUGCAGAUGGGGACGUGCCUUGGUGAGAAGCUCUCUCUCGCGGUAGGGGUUUGUGCGGAGGAGCUGCUUCUGCGCUUUUGUAUGUCGAAGACAUGUACGAUGCCAAUCCAUGCCCUGCCCUCCAAAGCAAACAGAGACCAGAAAGAGUCAAUAGUCUCUUUGAACACAUGCAAA